AUGACAUCUUCAUUUGAUGGAAAUGCUUCAGCUUAUUGGUCGUAUUCACCAUAUUCUUAUUGUAAUAGUUAUGAUACAUCAUCAUCAAAUUCAUCCUAUUUUGAAUCACCGAUAUCUUCAUCGUCACCACGCAUGAUUAUGUUUCCAGUUUAUGAUCAACAACAAUCUUGUUGCUAUUAUACAGAACCAACUAUUCCUUAUAAUCAAUUUGCACCACCAUCACCACCAAUUAUACCACCAUCUCAAAUUACUUAUGCUCCAUCACCUCCAGUAGCGCGUCCAUCAACUAAUCUUCCAAAUCGUUUACAAUAUACACUUCGUCAACGUUGGUUACUUAAUGAAAUAUUUGAAUAUGUACCUUAUCCUAAUAGUGUUCAAAAGAAUGUUAUUGCCGAUCGAAUUGGAGCUACACGUGAACAAAUUCGUAUUUGGUUUCAAAAUCGUCGACGAAUAGCUGUACAAAGUCACCGUUCAUCAUCUCAACGUUCGAAUCCAUUACCUAUUGAUCAUAGUCAUACAAUUCAAUUGGAAUUAGAAAAUAUUGUAAAAGAUCUUGAUUUACAUAAAAAUGCUCCACAACGAAUGCCCAUUGGACAAGGUACAUCGUCUCGACGUGUUCGAUCAGUGAAAAAAUAA